CGGGGACAGUUGGGCCCGCCCAACUGCAUUUCGGCAUUUUAUUCACGUGCCAGACGCUCUUCCCUGACCUGAGGACAUUCCUUGGAACUGAGAUCAUAUUCCCCAGCUCCCCCUUUUAAACCCGCUAAUCCCUAAACCCUAAUUCUGAUUUCAGAUUUCAGUUUUCUCCGUCAAUUCAGUCAGCUUUCCAAUCACAAAGUUCAUUGUAUUGUUGAGAAACAGAGAAAGUAAUGGCGGAUGAUUCAGUAAACAAUGUAGAGAUGUUCAAUGAUUCCUAUGAUUCUGAAUCAAAAACCUCUGCGAAGAUCGCUGCACUCCAGCAGGAGAAUCGCCAAUUAGUUAAUGAGAAUGAUCUCAUCAAGGAGAGGGUGGAGAAGCUGAAGAAAUCAAUUGAUGAUUCCAACAAUGAGAAAGCUGAGCUGCUGAAGAUGGUGGAGGAAUCAGAAUUUGAGACUAGAGCUUUGAGAUCAAUAACUACCCGAGUUGCUGAGCUUGAGGAGGAGGCGUCUCAGCUCCAAGAUCAUCUGGGCAAAGCUUUCAAUGAUCUGGAAGAGUCAAGUUCUGAGGCGUCCCUAUUGAGAUCAACUGUAGUUGGGUUGAAAAGUAGUGAGAAUGAGAAGGAAAUCAAAAUCCAGGCCAUUGAGGAGGAAAAGAAACUGCUGAUUUUAAAAGUGGAGAAAUUGGAGGCUAGUAAGGAUGAUCAGAAGGUAGAAAAGGAAGCAAAGGAGCUGCACAUCAGAGCAUUGAAGAAUAAACUUCAGGAUUGGGAUAAGGAGAAAGCGGAGCUGGCAAAGAAAGAGAUGGAGGCGAGGGUGGAUGAAAUGAAAGGGAGAGUGCUAGAGAUUGAGAAGAAGUUAAAGGAUAAGGAACUACUGAUUGCAGAUGAUCACACCAAUGGGAUUCCAGUGGCAGAGGGUAAGAAUUAUGGCUUCAAAUUGGAGUGGCCAUUGGUGAUUGGGUCAGCAGUUGCAGCUAUUGCUCUAGCCACAACAGUGAUCUACCUGAGAAACGCUAGGAAAACAUAGAUUGGUAGUUCCACAAAAUAAGAAGCAGAGUUGCUGAAACUCAGGUUGAGAUUCUGGUGUCUAACCACUCCACGGAUGAUAGAAUUUUUGAUACACAUGCUGUUUUUUGCAGGUCUUUGUUAUGAGGUUUUGUCUUUUCCUUAAACUAAGAUUGGGUUGUCAAUGUUGCUUCGGAGUAAUAUGAAUACAUAUUUUGUGUGCUAAACUAGAUUUUCCUUUAAUCCACACAACUUUUGAUAGCAUUGUAAGAGUACCGUUUCUGUUAGGUGCAAAGAUGCUGAUAUCCAUUUUUAUAGGAGUAUGCUAAAUUGAAGGUUUUUUGAUGAG